CCCCCGAACAAGGAAGCUCUGGGGAGAGAAAGUUGUUUAACAACUUUGGAAACGAGCACUCGUGGCUCAUAAUAAUCAGGUAGAGCGGUAAAAGGUACUUUCCACUUCAUGCCUUUAAAUGUAGAAGGCUGUACUUCAUGAACAUGAUUAUGAGACAUUAUGGAGCCUGUUUUCUGUUCUUCUAUCUCUGUUUCUAUGUGGCCUUAUCGAAUGAAGCUGAAUACUUCACUGCAGCCGUCUAUGAGCAUGCCCGUCCAUCGGCACAAUUUGUGAAUUUGUCGGAAGCAACAGCAGAUGAUAUUAUAUUUGAAAACUUGGCUCACUACAAAAGAGCAGUACAGAUAGCCAAGUCAAAAGUAGCUGAUAUUUUAGUCUUCCCAGAAUAUGGUAUAUUUCCUGCACAUAACCGAAACGAGAUGAAACCCUACUUAGAAAGGAUUCCUGAUCCCAAGAAGAGUAGAGUUAACCCUUGCAACGAAAGAGAAAAGUAUCAAAACCGUCGCAUUCUAUUUAGCUUGAGUUGCAUGGCUAAACAGCAUAAAAUUGUAAUUGUGGCAAACAUGGGAGGCAUCGAAUCUUGCAAGGGACAGAAAGAAUGUCCAGAAGAUGGAUCUUACCAAUUCAAUACCAAUGUCGUUUUUGAUAGAGAUGGUACGCUGCUUCUACGUUAUUAUAAAGAACGUUUAUUCUAUGAAUUAGGUAUGGAUUUACCGCCAGAACAAGAAGAUCCUACAUUUGUAACAGACUUCGGUACUUUUGCAACUUUCAUCUCUUUUGAUAUUAUGUUUGCAAAGAUGUCCGCUUUUGCUCAAAGAAAACAAGUAGAUGCUAUUGCAUUAUCUUCCAUGUGGAUAAAUAUUCCACCUCAAACAUCAUCCGUCCAGUUUUGGGAAUCGUGGUCAUUAGGAUAUAAUACUACUCUUUUAGCAGCUAACAUCCAGAUUCCAGGGCAUUAUGCAGUAGGUAGUGGAAUCUUCCGCGGAGCUGAUGGUCCUCUGGCUUAUACCUUCAAUCCGGACGGCGUAUCAAAAGUCGUUGUCGCUAGAGUGCCAAAAAGAGAUUACCGACUUGCUUCACGAAAAGCCAGUAUCACCGAAAUAACUUUGGAUGAUGUUCGAGAAUCGCUUAAUGCCGGAUCAAGCAUUACUACAGAAUGCUCUGUGAAAGUUUUAGGUAGAUCAAUAGACAUUCUCAAAGAUUUUCGGUGUACGGAAGUUGAUAUGAUUAAUUAUUCCUUCGUUAAAUUAAUGAAGGAUAGUGAUCACAUUGAAUCAUGUAUUAACGGUGUAUGUUGCUCUCUCAAGUAUUCUUCCAAUAAACUGACGGAAAAUUUUUACUUGAUGGUAUUCAAUGGAUCAACAGAUUUUUAUUAUCGUUACUCUUUUUGCGAGCAGACGUGUACGCUAAUAAGAUGUGAAGCCUAUGGCAGAAAUCCUUGCUCAACUUUUCCCAUGAAGUCCAAAACUUUAUUCUAUGAUGUCCAGCUAGCAGCAAACUUUUCUACCAAAGAUAUAUUUCCGUCAGUGGUGAGCAGUGAUAUGAAACUGACUUCACUUACCGACUGGAGUUUUGACGUUCAGGAAACUUCUUCUGAUGCAUACCAAGCUUACAUCAACUUUAAAAGUCUUGCAGGGGAAAAAUUGCUCUCAGCAGAUUUAAGGGGCCGUUGUUAUGAUCGAGACCCGCCAUAUAUCCGUUAAAUUUACUUUUCUUUAUUGUUAUUUGUGCCGAAGAAUUUAAAUCUCAACAUUCAUUAUAAAAUAAAAUAAAAUACUUAAUUUUC